AUGGAGGGAGAAGACGAUAACAGCGGCGCGAAGCUACGCGGUGGCGGUGGCGGCGGCGGAGAAGACGCCGGUGCAGAUAUCGGAGAAGGCGAUGAGAAUGGCGUCAUGGUGAUGGGGGGAGUUGAGAACGAGGAAGCAGCGGAGGAGCUCCCGCAGGUCCUCCCAAGCGAAGAUCUCCUCCUCAAGGAUCAUCUGCAGCAUUGA